UCGCAAGACGCCGCCUACCGCAGUACCGACAACGCAGACAGCAGCGGCGCACUCGACAAGCCGAUCGAGAAGCAAGCGCCCAACUACGCGCAAACAGGGCUGCUAGCCAAAGAGACAAACACCGUAGCCGGCACGUCCAUCGUGCUAAAAUACCACGAGCCGCCCGACGCGCGCAAGCCCCCCGCCAAAGAUGCGUGGCGGCUCUACGUGUUCAAGGCCUCCGACGUGCUCGCGACGCACGAGCUCAGCGGCCGCAGCUGCUGGCUCUUUGGCCGCGAAUCGCUGAUCGCGGACGUCUUGCUCGAGCAUCCCAGCGCCAGCAAGCAGCAUGCUGCGCUGCAGUUCCGGCACACGGUGCGCGUGAGCGAGUUUGGCGAUCGUGUCCAGAAGGUCCGCCCGUACCUUAUUGAUCUCGAGAGCAGUAAUGGCAGCUUCUUAAAUGGCGAGAGGGUCGAGGGUGGACGCUAUGUCGAGGUUAGGACGGGUGAUGUGCUGAAGUUUGGCGAUAGUACGAGGGAGUAUGUCGUUAUGCUGCCGCCGCCG